UGACGCGGAGGUUCUUUACGACUGGGACAACAUUGACUUCGACUUCUUCUCAUGUCAUCAAGUUAGGUGCACAUUUAGAUACCUCCUGCCGAUGUGAUUUCGAAAAAUUGGAAUUGACAUGAAUCAUCACAGAUCAAUGUACCACGGCAGCACCAGUAGCGCGACCACGCUAUCUACAUUCCCGGCUCUUUCAUCUCAGCAGGCCCAUAUCUCAGGGAACUGGCUGUUCGACGAAGACAUAAAUAAUGAAAUCUCAACUAUACCUACACAGCUAGACGAUUUAUGGACAAGAGGCUGUUCGGGUCUCGACAGUCUGGUAAACCUUGAUCCAACCAGUGAGUCGUCAACCUUGGACAGAUUUUAUGAUGAUGAUGAUUUUAGUGUGAAGGGCUUUUCUCCUGCCAAUCUCUUACUGAGAAUAUCCCCGUCUUCACUCCAAACACUCGAUGAACCCUCACGUCCCAAAAUCACCCAAAUUCUCGACCAACUUACUGGUGAUGCGAACCCUCUCUUCACACCGUUGACAAACAAAGAUAACCCCGCGAACAACCCAUCAUAUUUUACCUGCAGCCUUGGCUCUUGGAAGGAGGAAUUUGAUGCUUGUUACCGCGAAUACUUAAGUCCUAAGUUAUAUUUUUCGAGGGCACGCCUCGAGGCUGCUAUCGCGGAAAUUUCUCGCAGCGAAUCACGUGAGGACACAGCUUCCCUUACUGCGCUUGUAUCUGCGGCCUUGGCUGUCGGAUUAGCACUUCGGGAUGACGCCGAGCAGCAGUCUUUUAAACCGGUGAAAACGCGAGCUUUUACCAAGGCUGAGGCUUUUUCGAUUGCACUGAGUCAGUCUUACUUCAUUGAUUGCCGGCGGCCCUCAAUAAAUGCUUUAUACGCCAGUCAACCCCAACAGUCCCUCUAGAUCCUUAGCGAUUCGCUCACACUGAACUACAGGCCCAUGUAACUAUGGUGUUGUACCAUCAAAUCAUCCUAGGAAGUGAAACUAACUGGAGUUGCAGGCGCUUUUUGCAUGGCACACAAACGACCCGAUGCUAUCCCGAUUCCUCGCAGACGCAGUUUACAUCUUUCAUUUAUUGAAACUUGCUAAUACGUCCUUGUCAAAAGGAGAAGACGGCGAUGAUCAGCAGCGAGAAUUUCAAAACGCAUUUUGGGUCAUCUACAUCAUG